UGGGGGCCGGCCGGGGGCCUUUAAUUUUUAUUUGCCUGUUUUCCCCACCGGAGCCGCCCUUUCCCGUCACGUGACGGGAGCGCGCACUGGGUUCCCGAUGGUGGUGGCGGCGGCGCGGGUAGAAAAUGGCGGAUUUCGAGGAGCUGCGGAAUAUGGUAUCAAGUUUUCGUGUGUCUGAACUGCAAGUGUUGUUGGGCUUUGCUGGACGUAAUAAAAGUGGACGGAAACAUGACCUCCUGAUGAGGGCACUGCACUUACUGAAGAGCGGAUGCAGCUCAGCAGUGCAGAUAAAAAUCCAAGAACUCUAUAGGUGUCGGUACCCAAGGACAAUUGAAGGACUCUCAGACUUAUCAGCUAUAAAACCCAUCGUUUUCAAUUUGGACAGUAGUUCCUCUCCUGUGGAGCCUGACCUGGCUGUUGCUGGGAUUCACACGCUCUCUUCUACUUCAGUCACGCCUCAGUCUCCUUCCUCCCCUGUCAGCUCCGUGCUUCUCCAGGACACUAAAGCUCACUUUGAGAUGCAGCAGCCGUCCCCUCCAAUUCCACCUGUUCAUCCUGACGUUCAGCUGAAAAGCCUGCCUUUUUAUGAUGUGCUAGAUGUGCUCAUAAAACCUACAAGUCUAGUACAGAGCAGUAUUCAGAGGUUCCAAGAGAAGUUUUUUAUCUUUGCUUUAACACCUCAGCAGGUCAGAGAAAUCUGUAUUUCCAGGGACUUCUUGCCAGGGGGCAGGAGAGAUUACACAGUCCAAGUUCAGCUAAGGUUAUGCCUGGCAGAGACAAGCUGUCCUCAAGAAGAUAAUUACCCUAAUAGUUUGUGCAUUAAAGUAAAUGGGAAGCUGUUUCCAUUGCCGGAUGCUCUCCAAAACCACCAGCUCCACCAUGGUCCCUGGGGGUGCAUGCUACAAUGCGUCCAAGGAGCAGCCAGCAUCAGCUUCUAGCAGAGCACUGAAUGUGGGAGGUUUGUGAAAGGAGAGACCCAUCAAAGGUUACAGCCAGCCCUGCACGGAGCAGCCAGCAGAAAACCAACAUGGGAACAGUCACUGCAAUGUUCUUUAGGGAAAGAAAAAGUGAAGAAGCACCCUCAUGAUGAUAUUAAGGUAACGAUAUACGCUGGCAGGUAAAUUACUUUUAUAUCGUUAAGAACUGGCAGCCUGACACUGCCACAUCCUGCAUUUUUAUUUCCACGAUGGAUGGGAACUACCACUUCCCAGCAGAAAGGAGGCUCAGUGUUUUUUCCCUGCACUAAGUGAGGGGGAAACCCUCUUUGAGGCUCUUUCAUGUGAUAAAAAAGAAGGAAAAAUGACAAAUUGUUACAAGCUGAAAUAAAAAAAAAUAGUGUUUUGCAGUCAAAGUGACAAAACAUAUGCACACGUCCCUGCUUGAACCCCGUGGAUGGCAGUGCUGGAAACCAAACUUUUUCCUAACACAUCUGAGAAUUGGACAUCACCCUUUUUUCCAUUCCCUGACAGCCUCUGACAACAGGACAGGCUUCCGGUUGUAUCUUAGUUCUAUCUUCUCACCAUUUUAAUUUUACUUGGCUGAUUUUAAUUUCAGUGCUCUUAUCCUGUUGCAGUCAUUUACACUUAGGAAAGAAAGUACUGGCUACAAGGCCCCUAGGACAAGUGGGAAAAACUAAGAAAGGAAGGCAAGAUGAGACCUCAGCUGGCCAUCAAGUUAUCUUCUCGACAAGGCAGCUCAGUACUACCCUGGUCUACCUAAUUGGUCCCAGAAGCCCCCAAAGGUGGAGAUUUUAUACUCUCUUAGCUAGCCUUAUCCUUUAAAUCCUUAAAAACUUUCCCUCAUGGUUAAACUCAAAUCUUUCCUGCUGUAAUUUAAGCUUAUCACUUCUUGUCAUCUCAGGAGCUGUCAGAGAGAUGUGUUCAUUACCUGCAUCUUCGCAGAUACUGGGUAUUUCAAGCCAGUUACCAUGUCUCCCCUCAAUUUACCCCAAGGAAAACAAGCCCAGUUAUUUGCCAUGUUUUCUACACCUGCUGCUUUCCUUUGGUUCCUUCCAACUGAGCCACAUCUUUCUGGCAGUGAGGUGCCCAAAACCAGAGUCCCUCAGCCAAAGCUUCACAGGGCACACAAAUUGCUCCUUGCUAAUCUACAACACUUUUGUCUAUACAUAUUAAUAUCAUGCUUGGUAUUCCCACUGCCCCCCCCCCCCCCCCCCCCCCCCCGUGAGAAACAUUUGCUGAUUUGUCAGCAUUUUGCUUGCUCUUGGCACAAGGCAAACAACUACAUGAGUUGUAAACCUGGCAAGAACCAAACCACUGAUCUCUUUUGGCAAGUUUCAACUAAAUGCCUAUGUUACUGAAACCCACUUACCUCCAAGCCUGUAAGAGAAACGGGCUUUAAUUAAAAUCAUACAAGCCACAACUCUUCAAACUAGAUUUUAGUAAAAUAAACUCUGCGUGGGUCAAGGUUAAAUACCCGUAGAUCCCUACUGGUGCUUGCUGUAAUAAGAGCAGGACCACUUGCAGAUCAAAGGCUGAUGUGCUCUACAACAAAGCAGUCUCAGCAGUAUAUUCGUGAGAAUAUAGCACUGAGAAAAUAAAGUGCUCUCUUUGGUAUUUGGAACUGUAUUGCUACUUUGAUUUUAGGAACUGCAUCAUGUUUGUUUCUAAUGACGCUAAAGUUUAGCCAAUGACCACGCUGCCUUAAUUCAAGCCCUUUCAGCUUGAAUUUACGUAAGGAGAAAUGCUUAUAUGGCAGGGUCUGAUCGGGGCAGAUACUCAGGUGAUACAAGUCAGUCUAGCUUAAAUAAAAUAAGACCUAGAAUUUAAUAAUAUCUGAGGACUAAACCACAAUCUAAGAAACACACAAGUCAUUAUAUGCCUACCUGCCCACUGUUACCUGUUAUUAAUAAUCUAUCAGACACUACAGACACCAGAUGCACUCUCCCAGACUGACAACCUAUUAAUAUUGUCAGUGUAACACCAGGAAGUGGUUUGAACCGGUGUAAUGGUAAGGCUCGAUCUCUGCCUCCAUCCAGUCCCAUCAGACAACUUUUCCCAUUCCUUCCCACACCCUUACCUUUUGAGAUAGUUUCUCCUGUAGAGGAUCUGCUGCAGCAAGGUGACCAUGGCAAAGGCACAGAUGAAUAUGAAGAACAAAGUUCUGUUUCUCAGCAAAUCCCUGCUUGACGAAGGGUCAGUGUAUCCCAUCCUUCUGAAAAGCCACUGAAGCUCCGCUGGGUAGAAUUCAGUUCAUUGUCCCCUUCACACCCUUUUUGCUGGGAAGCCAAGGGGAACGUUUGCUGGCUUUUCUCUGAGCAAUCCAAGGACAAGAUAUCCCAUUGUUCAGCCCUGCUGCCCCUUCCUUGCCCUUUUUGGAUGUGAGCUCCAGGAUUGCACACAAUGGCUUGCUUCCACGGUAAAGUUUCCAAGAUAUUCAGAUGCGGGGAACAUCUAAAAUCAUCUCUCAGAGCUCUUCCAGCGCAGGCAGGGUGUGUUGUGCGAGAGACAUUCUGUUCCCUCUAAGCCUCUCUUGAAAACCCGCUAGUCCCCCAUUCCUACCAUUAGCCUGUAUGUCUAAACUGGGGUAUUAAAGAAAGCUGAAAGGAUUCAGCUAAGCUGUAAACAUUUUUUUCCUCCAGAGCUAGGCAAAGGCCCAAGGGGAUGACAAGGGCUAUGCUGGCACCAGAGCCACCUGUGGAGGUGCCUGGAUUGGAGGACACAUCCUGAGGAUAACAUAUGGUCUGUACACUGGAUAUCCAUUACAUCAUCAUCCAGUUUCCCUCCAACUAUGGCUCUCAUGGGUACUGGUGGAGAAAUUACCUCCAUGAAUAAAAUACCCCUUUUUUAUACUGCUGACAAUAUCUCAGUUGGAAAAGGAAUGAGGUCUUCCUCUUGCUAGUAGGAAGCUCUAACACCACAGCUAUUGUUUUGCUUAUAUACCAAGGAUUGCUAAAACGUGUAGCAAAGUGCAAAAUUAAUCAGAGCUCGAUGCUAGGGGAAGCCUUGCUCUCCCAGUGGCGUUCCCAGAUUUCUAGAAAAUACAGGCAGUGUAACUUGAUUUUUAUGAUCCUGCAUAUGCUCACAAGAACCCUGCAAAUCACUCAGAAUGAUGGAAGUUCAGUUUCACUGUAGGGAAAAAAAGAAACAGAAUUAAAUUGCUUUUACAUGAAUCAUCUGUUAAAAGCAUCAGUUCAAUUUCGGAGCACCACAUGGGAGCACUGGAUUUAGCAUCAAAUCAACAGGACUGAGGUGUUGCCAGAAUCAUACAGGGGCCCGGGGGGUUUCUAUGGGUGACACUUAACUCUGUCCCAAGCAAGUCAUAACUCCCACUUAUUUCAUCAAAACCGAACAUAAAACUUUCCAGUGAAAGACUAUAAAGUGCUGGAGUCAGUGACACUCAUGUUACAAGUGUAAUGGCAGUCGAAAGUUUUGAGAUUACUUUUUCUAGAAAAAAUAUUCUAGCUGUUAAGCAAUGAACAAAUAUUUCCUAUGGUCAGAAUAAGGAUCACACAUUAUCUAAUGGUGACAAACCCAAUUUAUAUUUAUUCCACUAUUUUAAGAACACAAUUUUACAGCAGGAAUAAAAAUGUUAAUUUGAGAUAUUAAAAGAAAAAAAAAGACACACUAAAAUAUGGCAUAUAAAGUUAGAUUUAAUUAACAGAAUUAAACGUGACAGAAAGAAUACCACAGAAUCAUUGUGGGAAUACCACAGAAUCAUCGUGGCUCUGAUUUUGGCAUAUGUUUUGUCAUCUUAGUAAAUUGCACUCAUCAGAACAGGGGUAAACAGGAAAUAGUAAAGAUUCUUCUGCAUAAUAAGCCAUAAAGUGUGUACCUCUUGAUGUAACCAUCAACUUCAAUCCCAAGAACUUCCAAAUGGUCCAGGCAUUGAGCUCUUAUGACAUUCUUCAUGAUGCCCUUCUACAGCACGGAUUACAUUACUAACCACACACUGCAUGCAACAGGUGUCAUCUUGGAUAGUCUACCUGAUUACCUGAGCUACUAGUCCAGGCAAAGCCAGGAUGUUUUCAGACACAGCGUGAUUUUUGCAAUCAAUCUUGAAUCUUACGUACUUCAGUCCAUGACAUAAAUUCAAAUAUAUAUAUAUGUACACAUAUAUAUGCCUUGCUUCUGUGGUCUUCAAAAAUAUUCACUUUUCCUGAAAUCUAUUUUAUUUUGCUCUUCUGGCACUCUGGAAGUGCUCAUUGGAAAGCUGGACAACCAGCUGUAAAGAAAGUAAUCUCUAUUCCUGAAGUACUGUGACUAGCCACAUCCUUCUGUCCCUUUUGUGACAGUGUGGAUCCAGCUUUUAAGCUCUGCACAGUGUCCGGUCUUACGUGCAUGUGGUUACAGAGAUGACUAUUAAUAAAACUGGCAACCCUUCCAAAUUCCUUCAUUUGGAGCUGUGAUUUGUAAUAAAUUCCUAUGUCAUGCUUAGAGACCACUCCUGGAGCAGGACUGUGCUGGGUGCUGUAGCUGGGCAUUAGCAGAGUCAGUCUUUGCCAUGAGAGUUUAUAAUUUCCACUGUCAAGACAGUGAGGUAAGGGAGGGAUUUAUGAGCUCCUUUGGCAGAGAACAGGAACUGAGGUUUAGAAGUAAUGGCUGAUAGCACUGCUCUGCAGAUCCAGACCCAGCACUCACACAGGCAGUGCUGACAUUGGCAGGGAGAUCGAAGGCCACGUAAAAAGGGACAUAAGCAUCUUCCUCUGAAAUUCUGGGAGUUAAAUGACAGCCGGUGGUUGGAUCUUGGCUGCAGUGAAUGGUCCAGUGCUACGAUUCAGAUUAGGCCUUUCAGGGAGAUGGGACUAUGGGUUAUCCUUGCCUGAACACGGCAUAGUCCUCAGGGAAACUGCAGCUACCCAUGAGCCCUAUAACACUGAAGUGAGUCCAAAACCAUCCCCAGGCUGAAGGCAGUGAUCCACACCUUCCUUCCCUGUUUGCACACCCAGAGGUGCCCUGAGCUCAGCUGACACACUUUUUUCAGUAUCAUGAGCUAUGACUAAUUAAUGUCUGACCAGGCUUGCAUCCCCCACAACAUACUGCUGAGAAGAAACCCCAUAACUGACCCCAUUAACACAUGCUAUAUUCCUCCUGCUUCCAGUGCUUUCUCCCCAGCUCUGGACAGUCAGUACAGACCCCUUACCAUGGGCCAGAAAGUUGUGCACAUUUAUCAGCAGCCUUUGCUGGUGGUGCUGACCUUUUUCUAGACAGCCUGCAACAGGUUAUUAAUUUAAAUAACCAAGAUGACAGCAACUCGGUUGUGUUUUUUUUUUUAUUAAAAACCUAAAAGAGAGAAGACAGAGCAGUAGUUUAUCCACAAUCCAGUAUUAAUCUCCAACACAAGGAGUUAUGGCAGCAUCUGGCCGAUGGGAUCAAGUGCUCUACAAGUAGGCAUUAAAGAAAUGCCUUUGACAGGGAGAGACAGCCCCCCAGGAGAGCUCUCAUCUGGGGAGAAGGAAGCACGGCAUGGCAUUUAGCCAGAAGAGGGGCAUUUUUGCUGAACAUUCCCAUCAUCUUUAUUUAAACUUUGCUUUCAGUCAGCUUUUUUGUUUUCUGUAUCCAGCAGCUCCUCUGGAGCUAAGAGGUUUGUGGGUGUUUUUUUUUUUUCCUGCAGCGUGGGCAGGAAGGUAUGUGGGAACUGUAAUCCAGUCACUUUGAAUCACAUGAAUCUGAAGCUUGAAAGGAAAAACAAUAAUAAGUGGCACAGAUUGUCAGGCUCAGUGCAAUUCUCAAUCAAUUAAAGCUUAUUUUAGCAUCAGGGCAGUUUAGUUUUUAAAAGUUCUCCUGGCACUUCGAUACUUUCAUGUUACUGCAUAGCUAAAAAGGUCUUGCUGGGCACAAAGUACUCUUGGUGUGUAUUUUCUGAGCUGUGUUUUUUGUUUCUUUUAAAUGACAAUAAAUAAGAUACGCAUGAGCUAACAGCAGCAACAAAAUAGCUAGCAGUAGUGAGUGACAAAGGGUUUGGACCUGGGUAAAAAAUUAAGAUAAAGCUAGGAUUCAAGCAUGGCAAAACACGUUUGUUUGGGCUGAGUCUACAAGCACAUUCUUCAAUGCAUCUAAAUUUAAAUUAUGAUUCAGUAUGUUGUGAUAUUAAGCAGAUAAAAGUCACUGAUGAAGGUAUUCUACAUCAGGUAGUUGCCUUUUUUUUCUUUUUUCUUUUUUUUUUUUUAAAUAAUUUUAGGCAUUAUAUCUGUAUUUUGGAUCUUUGUUUUGUGGUGCUAUAUUGAUUCCCACUUCACAGAUGUGGAUGACACAGGAACAGCCAAAUCAGUAUUCCUCUUUUGCAAAUCUGUGCAGUAUGUAAGAAGAACCAGCACAUAAGAUGUAUGUGGAAAGGAUCAUGGGUUCAAAAGAAGACUAAUUUAUGAGGUUUUUUUGACUAAUUUUUUUUUUCCGCUGUGGCAAAGACAAAGAGGUUAUGAAGCAUAUAUGUUAUACAGCUGCGUAGUGUCAUUAGAAACUGGCUGAACUUAUGCUCUGAGGUUCAACAAUGAAAUUUAAAGAAAGGUAGAAAGAGUAUAUGACUAUUAUCCCUUAUCCCUUUUAAAUUUACCACUUUCUAGUUUCCCGCUGUCUGUGAGUUCCUGUUUCCUCUUGCUUCUCAUCCUUCAAGCCUGGAGCCAUCUCUACCAUACACUGCUUUGGCAAGCAUUUCUCCAUUCCCUUUUCCCAACUGGAAAAAAUGCACUGUACCAAAUACAAAGCAAUAAAGAACUAAGGCCUUGCAGAGCAGCAGGGAAUUAUGGCACAGCCUUCAACAUCUCUUUAACAGCUCAUGUUCAGGUGUUAUCCCCUUGCCUCAUAUAGGUUUGGCUUGGAAAUAAAGGAAGCUGUAGUUCAGAUCUCUACACAUAGCAGCUCUCUCCUUUCUGCAAAGGGCGUGCCCCUUUCCACAGUAUUGCUCCUUCCAGUUGAUGAAGCAGAUGAAUUUACUGGAACUGCAAAAAUCAGUGCUUUCACAAUAAACAUUGUGCUGGAGUACACAAACUUAGUUUAGAUGGUCACCAACUUGCCAAGAAUACAUACCUUGCUCUGGGCCACACACCCAGUAAAUCCCUGCCAGCUCUGACUGGCCCUACGGAGAGCAGAGCUUGACUCUGAAUGCUAAAUACAUGCUUAAAUUCACCAGCUGCUGCCUGGAACCAGGACAUCACCCUUCCCUAAAACAUGCAGGAAAGCCAUUAACUUCAUUUCAAGUGUGUAGCCCUUCCUUGCCAUCCCCACUCUCCCAUCCUAGCACGUCUGUGCUCUGGAACUUGCAUAUUCCUCUUAAAUUAUCUUCCCAGCUGCUAGUGAAAAGUUACACACUCCAGUUCAAUGAGAUUCAUCCAAGAUGACUUCAAACAUCAGCUCCAAGUGUUUCACACCCCAUUUGUUUUAACAGAUUUUAAUAUUAAUAAGAUGCAAUUAAAAAUCAUCAACAAUUCCCUAGUAUGCUAUUAUUUGCAGAACUACCCAGUUCUUUCUUGAUGUAAACCCCUACAU